GUACAUGGUACUGAGCUUACUGCAGCCUUUAAUGAAUUCUAUAUACUUUAUAACUGUGGAAUAAUGUGACUUUAGUAGGUGUGUGAGAGAGGUUUAGGAAAUCAGAGGUUAAAUUAAAUGUUUAGCAUUUUAUUUAUUAAUAUCCAAAACAUCAGUACAAUAACUGAUUGCACACUUCAAAACAAACAAAUAAUUAAAAACAAAUUAUUUAAAACUAAAAAUAACACUUUGUAGAUUUUCUUUUCUUGCCUUAAGCUCAUGAGUAGAGAAAUUCUGUUUUAUAUUUACAACUUGGCACUAAAGAACAUUGAGCCGGUUCCAAGGUUCAACCCAUGUUGUGUUUACAAACCUACAAGUAGCAUAAGCAAAUAGGCUUCUGGCAAAAAUAACUCUUGUGGUCCAACAGUUAUAGGAAGACAGUCUCAUUAAACAGGGACACGCCAUACCAGUUUUACACCAAGGAAAGGUUUCAGAAAGAAAAUGUGUGGAAAUUUGAACUCCUCUGCAUUUGGCACUUACUCCAGAAACUCAAGAAAGAUUUUGAAAUAUUUAUUAUCAUUACCAUGAUGUUAAGAUAUUUCGUUUUUUUUUUUUCUUACAUUGGCUUCUGUCUAUUAAGAACAUAAUUUUAACAACAAUUAAUAACAGUAUUUAUAAACCCUAACAAGAAGUGAAAAGCAAGCUGUCUGUCAGCCAAGGCCUAACAGGAUUACAUGAUGGAAAAUAUUUAAAAAAUCCUGUUGGACACGCCACUCAACGAUAGCUGUGCACAAACUUGGAUGACCUUAGUCUGGCAACUCUCAUGCUGAUGAUACAUUACACAUUAAUUGUUACAAGGAAGGAUCGAUAAACUAGUUUUAUAACAGGCAAAUAUGGAAAUAUUAUUUACAGCAUAGAAAUAAAUAUGUUUUGAUUUUUUUUUAACAGAUGUUGAAACAAAAUCUUUCAACACUCCCCGGUCUCCCGUACUGUAUGUUCAGUGCAAGAAUACAGUACCUAGGCGAUAGUGACUGGUACAGCCAGAAUAGACCAGCUUCCAAAAGUAUCAUCAGCUCUUACACAAUCUAGAAGUGAUGCAACAAAUAUCAUAGUUUGGCUGUCAGGUAGAGGAUGGUUUGAAAGAGAGCUGGAUGGGGGAUGUGCAAUUCCGAAAUAUUUUCUCCCUAUAAUUAACUGCUGUAUCUCUGUGUAGCCUAUCAGAUUCCGAGAUGCAUCCGCAUCUAAAUGAAAAUAACGCGCGUGCUUUCGCUAAUCCUCAUCUGUCCUUUUUAUUUGGUGGACUCGUAGCAGUCAGAUUACUAUGGGACAUCGGAGCAGAGCGACGAUGACAUGCUGGUUAUUUUUCCCAUAAUUGCAAGUAGAUGGUUUUUCAUCAAAUACGUUCGUCGGUGUUUUGUUGACACGAGUAGCGAAAUGUCUCUUACUGUCUUUUUGGGUUUCCUACUGGCAUCUUGUUGCUUUCCACUUGUUCGGAGCACCUGUCCUUCCCAGUGCAGCUGCUUUUACCAUAACCUGAGUGAUGGAUCAAGAGCCAGGAGCGUGAUUUGCAACGAUCCCGAGAUUUCCCUGGUGCCCGCCACGUUCCCAGGCGACACCUCGAAACUUCGGAUUGAAAAGACUGCCAUCAAGAGGAUCCCUAGCGAGGCUUUUAGCUACCUCUCUAACUUAGAAUUCCUUUGGAUGUCUUUUAACGUUUUGUCCUCUGUAAACUCGGACAGUUUUCGGGGUUUGUACAGUUUAGAGGAACUAAGGCUCGAUGGAAAUUCGCUCACUUCGUUUCCGUGGGAAUCCCUCAUGGACAUGCCCAGUCUGAGGCUACUCGAUAUACACAACAACCAGUUGUCCUCAGUACCAUCUGAGGCUGCUCCCUACAUGAAAAAUUUAACCUACCUGGAUUUAUCCAGCAAUAAUCUGCUGACAGUGCCAUCUGAGGUCCUCAAUACUUGGUUGACACUCAAACCCAUCCAGGGAGCAGAAAGUUCAAAAAUGAUUCUUGGUCUUCAUGACAACCCUUGGUUGUGCGAUUGUCGAUUAUACGACCUGGUCCAGUUCCAGAAGUCUCCCAGUCUGUCGGUGGCUUUCAUUGACAUAAGGCUGAGGUGCGCAGAUCCAGAGAGCCUCUCUGGAGUUCUGUUUAGCGAUGCUGAGCUCAGGCGCUGCCAGGGGCCUCGUGUCCACACUGCCGUAGCCCGGGUGAGAAGCGCAGUGGGCAACAAUGUCUUGCUGCGAUGUGGAACCAUUGGAGUUCCCAUCCCCGAGCUGGCCUGGAGAAGGGCAGAUGGGAAGCCACUGAAUGGGACAGCUCAACUGGAGAAUUCAAAGGAGGGAAUCGUUUGGUCGAUUUUAAGCGUGCCAGCAGUGUCCUAUCGUGACACGGGAAAAUACAUCUGCAAAGCAACAAAUUAUGCAGGGAGUGCAGAAGCUGUAAUUUCUUUGAUCAUAAGUGACGCAUCCAAAGCUGAGAAUCCGACUGUGGAUCCAAAAACCAAAGUGAAGUCCAAAAAGCCAAACUCAAUAGUCAAGGCAGCCUAUCAAGAAAAACACAUCGCCACAUAUGUUUCCCCAACUCCCAACAAUGCACUACCAAUCGGUGCCACCGUGAGUUACAGAGGCCCAUAUCCAGGUAUGGAAAGCGACAAUGCCGCUAACAGUCAGACGAAUACCCAAACGGCCAGCCCUGACGGGUUCCUAGAGACCAAUCUGAGCAACCUGGCCGCGAACACAUCCUCGCUGCAGCAAGACCCCGACAGGGUUGUGCGCUCUGUGAAAGUGAUUGGCGACACAGACUACACUGUGUGUCUGAACUGGAGGGCACCAACUGCCAAGAACACGACCGCUUUCAGUGUACUCUAUGCUGUGUUUGGCGAGAGGGAUAUGCGAAGAAUUAACGUCAGUCCAGGCAACAACCGGAUCGUCAUCGAGGGACUGGUUCCAAAAACCAAAUACAUCGCCUGCGUGUGCGUCAAGGGGCUGAUCCCCAAAAAGGAGCAGUGUGUAAUCUUCUCAACAGAUGCAGCAGCAAGUGCUAAUGGAACCCAAAAGCUCAUUAAUGUAGUAGUUAUCACGGUUGCCUGCGUGAUAGCCGUGCCUCUGACUGUGAUCGUGUGCUGCGGGGCACUUAAGAGGAAAAUUAAGAAGUUUCUGGGCAAAAAGUCCAAAGACAUUCAGGACUCGUAUGUUACGUUUGAGACUCUGUCUCCCAGCACCAAGGCCAAAGGCUUGGAAGGGGAAUAUCUCAACAGACUGAAUACAGAGGAGUCCAACAGAUUGCUGUCAGCCCGGUCCAGCCUAGACUCUGAGUCCACAGCUAAGAUUGAGGGACAGCCCAACGAAUACUUCUGCUGACAAUAUCCCUCAGCCACAAUUCCACCACGCAGUCAUCACAGUAUCCAGGCCCAGCCGCAGUACCUGAGUGCACAUAAUCUGUACCAGCAGUACAUGACUGGCCAUCCAUGAGGAAGCUUCAGGAUACUUAGCAUAAGUAACAAAGUGCAGAAGUGAAGACUUUUAUGUUGUCUUUUCUAUUUGUUACUGUGCUUUUGGACUUGGUUCUAAACUAAGCCUUUGGCUGGUGGUGGGGUUGUGGCUGAGCAAUCCCAGGAACAUGUAUAUAUGACUUUUACCCUUUCAGACAGUGCUAGGAGGAAUUGAUUCAAAGGCAAAUGUUUGUAUGAUUUGUUGUUUAUUUGUAUAUGUGGAAAAAAUAUAUUAAUAUGUAAUAAUGCUAUUAUUAUGUAAGGAAUUAGGGAUUCAUUUCCACAGUUUGUUCAUAUUACACAUACUGUAGUCAUUAGUGUAACACUGUAAUGGAAACAUUAGUUGAGAUUUUCAUACACUGAAAAAAAAACUGUUGUAUAAACAGUUUUCACUUAGAAAUUGGAAGUAAGUUUCUGAAACAGCAAGUAACAUAUUGAAUUGAACAUUAAAUUUUGGGAUAGAAAGACAAAAAUAAAAUAUUCUCAUAUGCCACACUUGUAUAAAUAAUCUUUAUUUUUAACUUUGAAUUUUUUUUUUUUACAGUGUCUGCACCAACAUUGUCAUUAGUGUAUGUUAUAUUAUUUCUGUUUACCAUGUGAAACUUGUGCCACCUGAACCAUUCAGAACUUUUGUGUCCCAGGUUGCUUACAGUAGUACCCAUUUAUGCUUCAAAAUAAAUUCUGUAUAUAUAUUUUAAAAAAGUGUUACAUUUACUUUCUUUUAUUAACAACAAUAGUAGGUCAGAUCUACAAUUAAGUUCCAAUCAGUCUCUCACAGGGUGCGUCAAGGAUUACUGAUAAUAGGCUUUGCUCAACUCUACCUGCAGUCAACUCUACCUGCAGUCAUGUUGUGAGCAGAAACGGAGCAGAUGUAAUGUUAAAGGAGACUAUGGGUGCCUCGAUUAUAUUUCGUUUGAUUGUUUUCUUUUUUUUAUUAAGUCAUAUCAGCUCAGAGUGUUUUCCAGGAUGCUCCUGUGGGACUGACCGUUAUGGGAGGUCACUCACGUGUAUGGAAGCGCCAUUAUCCGGCAUUCCUGAGAACAUACCGGGAGAUUUAACUAAAAUCCGAAUAGAGAAAUCACUGCUAAGUGAGCUACCAAAGGCAGCGUUUUCCCAUGUUAAGUUGCUAA